CGGAGAGUGAAAACACGAAGUUGGCAGUUGAAACUUGAAGUUGUGUUCAUAUCUGCCGAGUCAAACCCCGCUACAGUGUCAAAAGUGGCAAGUGAAAAAGUAAGAAAGGACGGACAGGUUGGAGAGAGAGAGAGAGAGAGUAAAAAAACAACCAAAUGCAGGCUGCCGGGAGGAGAGAGUAGAAUUUGACAAUGGGAUACGUUGGGAUUUUAAUAUCUUGAUGGUUUUGUCAUCUCUUUCUUUACCAAAACAGUGAUAACUCAUGAAAGUGUAGGACUUUUCAGGUCACCUUCUUCAAUCAAAGAGGACCCAUUUUUCUCUUUUUUCAUUUAAUUUUUGUAAUCCCCUGUUCAUGGAUCCCAAGGGCUCAAAGCAGACACAAGACAUACCCAGCUUCUUGAGCCUCCCCCCACAACCACAAUCACAACCUCAGCAGCAGCAGCAGCAACCACAACAACCACCUCAACCCAACAACAACAACAUGAGCGACAACAAACCUGCUGAAAUCAAAGACUUCCAGAUUGUAAUCGCCGACAAAGAUGAGUCGGGAAAGAAGCAGUUGGCGCCCAAGAGAAGCUCCAACAAAGACAGACACACUAAAGUCGAAGGCAGGGGAAGGAGGAUACGGAUGCCGGCCCUCUGCGCCGCCAGAAUCUUUCAAUUGACCAGAGAGUUGGGUCACAAAUCCGAUGGGGAAACAAUCCAGUGGCUCCUCCAGCAGGCCGAGCCGUCGAUUGUUGCCGACGGGACCGGGACGAUGCCGGCGUCGGCUUUGGCGGCGGCAGGGGGCUCUGUUUCGCAACAGGGGACUUCGUUAUCAGCUGGAUUGCACCAAAAGAUCGAUGAAUUGGGGGGGUCCAGUGGGGGUAGGACCGGUUGGGCAAUGGUGGGCGGGAAUUUGGGGAGACCCCAUGUGGCAGGGGUGGGCGGGCUAUGGCCCCCUGUCAGUAGCUUUGGGUUCCAGUCAUCAUCUGGUCCUCCAUCAGCCACCACAAAUCUGGGCACUGAGAGUUCAAAUUACCUGCAAAAAAUUGGGUUUCCUGGCUUUGACUUGCCUGUCUCUAACAUGGGUCCGAUGAGUUUUACUUCAAUUUUGGGUGGGGGCAAUCAGCAGCAGCAGCAGCAGCUUCCUGGGUUGGAACUUGGGUUGUCACAGGAUGGACAUAUUGGGGUUCUGAACUCUCAGGCUUUGAGCCAGAUUUACCAGCAGAUGGGGCAUGCUAGAGUACACCAGCAGCCGCCGCAGCACCACCAACAGCAACACCACCACCACCACCAGCAACCGCCUUCCAAGGACGAUUCUCAAGGAUCCGGACAGUAGUGGUCGCAUUAGAAUUUGUGAAAUUUGGAUGGGAUAAUGCAAAAAGCAGUAGCAUUUUGUUGGGAGACUGAGUUUGUUGUUUUUGGUAAUGCUAUUUGUAUUGUAUAAUUGGAAAAAAGUGAAGAAAAAGAUACUUGAGGGAGUUCAAUAGGGACUGGAUUUUGUUUUGCCCCUUGUUUUUCUCUCCAUUGCAUGACUCAAGUCUCCAUAUUUACAGGUGGGAUAAUUGUUGACAGUCAAAUUGCUUUGGGUUUGGGCUCAACUGCUGCUGCUUUGAAUUCAGAGGUGUGUUGAUUGUAGUGUAAGGCAUCCUUUUAAUUGGUUUUGUUCUCCACUUGGUGUGGAUCAAGUGGUGCUAAGUUUGUUUGUGAAAAAUUUAAACAUAGAGUUCUAUAGUCAUACUUAAUCUCCAA